AUGAAGUUCACCCCUAUUAUAGACAGGCACGCAGCAUUGCACGACGCUUCGAAGAAAGUCCAUGUUACUUUUGACGAUGAACCUACCGAGACAACAGUACCAUUAAAGAAAAGAUCGCAUCCUGCUCACGAUAAUGAUCGAGAAAAGAAAAAGAGCAAGUCUUCCGAGAAGACGAAAAAAAAUAAAAAAGAAAAAGCGAUUCAGGACAAGGAAGUAAAGACAACCGAGAAAGCACCCGAAAAGAUAGAACCAACAAAGCCUCUCUCUGCUGUACCUAUCAAUACACCUACCUCAAAUGAACCACCUAAAGUACGUGGUCCCAAAUUCACACCUAAAAAAGUCAAAGGAAAAAAGCAACCUCCUAAGAAACUUACGGAAGAAGAAAUUCUGGCCAAAGUAGCAGCCAAACGUAAGAAGAAUGCAUUGAAAAGACAAGCCAAAGUCAAAGUCAACGGUGAACUGGUCUCUCGACCCGCUUUUCAUAUCAUUCCUACUUCACUCACACAAGUGAUACCUACCAAACAACUAGGCGAAUUUGUGUUGUAUGCCUUGUCUGAAACAACCAAUUUAGCAUGGUGUAGUAUUAUUCAUAAGGCAAAAGUAGAACGACUUGUGAUGGUAUUUGCUCAGGGCUUAAAUUGCACUGAUUUUGGUAUCUCUAAUCCUUCUUCUCCUGCUCCUUUUGUGGACCUUGAUCAGUUGGAUAGUACACAAUGGGUUGGUAAAGCAUCUAUGCCUUUCUUAACCAAACAAAGCAAAUACAUGAUUGUCAAUCAAAUUUCUGGACAUAAUGGUCGAUUCAAUUCACCUGUUGCUGAUAUUCUCCAAUGCAACAUGUCCAACACUAAAAAAGAGAAACUUGCGAACGAACAGUCUGUGAAGGGCAACAAGUUUAAAGACAAUAUGCGUGAAUACUAUGUCUUGUCGCUUGAAGAAAUGAAAAAGGCAGAUUAUCCUAUACCUCCCUUUUUAGACUCAAGUGUUUGUUUGCCUGAAGGAUGGAAAGAAACACACGCCUCUACAGAACCAUUGGCUCCUGGUCAACCUAAACGCAUUAUUGCUGUUGAUUGUGAAAUGGUCUUGACUGUCAGAGGCUCUGCUUUAGCUCGUAUUACACUUAUUGAUGAAGACGGUAGUGUCUUGUUGGAUGACAUGGUCAAGCCUGAUCAACCUAUUAUUGAUUACUUGACUAAAUACUCUGGUAUUACACCUGCUGCCAUGAGCACAGCGACAUGUUCUCUUCGCCGUGCACAAAAGCAUGUUCGUAAAUUUGUGAAUCACAAUGUCAUUCUUGUAGGUCACGGUUUAGAAAACGAUUUAAAGGCACUACAACUCGCCCAUCCUUACUGUGUUGAUACCUCUCUUAUCUAUGAUCACCAUAAGGGUCCUCCUUACAAACCCUCACUUCGAUUCUUGGCCCGCAACUAUCUUAAGCGCCGUAUUCAGGACCGUAAUGAAACGCGUGUGGGUCACGAUUCUGCUGAAGAUGCCCGUGCCACAUUGGAUUUAUUCAAGCUCAAGUUGGCGAAUAAGAUCAGUUUUGGUAAAUACAAAAAGACAGAAUUGAUUAUGGAUCGGUUAUUGGCCAAUCGACCUAGUAGAACAAGUGCUAUUCUCGAAGCAAGUCAAAGUGAACAGCGUUCUUUUGGUGCUACUCAUGGUGGUGACUAUUAUCGUGUGGACACAAAUGAAGCACUGGUUGAAUUGACCUUGGAAAAGAUCAAGGAAAAGAACUUUUUGUUUACGCGUUAUCAAUCUAUGCAUCAAAAGGAUCAAGAUGCUGUGCCUGGUAUUGUUCCCAGUGCAGCUGCUAGCACUCAAUCCAAGCGUGCUCUUCAACUUCAACAGAUGGAUGAUUACAUCCGUCGUAUCUAUCAUGGACUGGAACAGAACUCAUUUUUGGUUGUUUCUGGUGGUGUUUGUGAUGUACCUGAAUACAAAACGUAA